AUGCAUGGCAGCCACGAGGUCUUUGAUUUGUUCGAUAGCGGUGAUCUCCACAUGGAGACUUCUUGGCCGAUUUUCUUGCACGGAGAUGAAGGCACGACGUACAAAAGGGACGGAUGUAUGGUCUUCAGCGUUCACUCCUGCAUUGGAUGCGGCACUGCCAGCCACAGAUGUGGGCCUGUCGUGAACGAUGAGAUGAAUGAGGGAAUUAACUUCGCAGGGCACGCGUUGGAGACACGGUUUUUGCUUGGUGCUUUGCUCAGGGAAGAGUACCGGGAUGACCACGAGGUAUACUUGCAGUUCAUGGAGCUGCUGGUGAAUUCAGUGGACGCUGCUUCUCGCAGGGGUGUGCCUUUGCUGUCAGGUGACUUGCUGCAUCCCAUCCCUCUUGGGAACAAGGGCGACUGGCCUUACCUGGCAACUUCAGCCAAUUUGUUUCGCUCCUACCGGAACGUUCCCAAGGCCCCAUCAUCUCGGGUGGCCUGCACUGGGAUCUGCCACCUGUGUCUUGCUGGCAGACCCAACUUUGAUUAUGAGAAUAUGUCAGAUACUGCUCCCUAUGCAGCGACCUUUGCAACGGAAGACCCUUGGGACGAGGAAGCGGUUUUCACUCGAGUUCUGAUGCACGAGAAGGAGCGAAAGUGUUUCUUCCACAAGGUGGACCUUUUCCACACAAUCACCCUUGGCAUGGGCAAGAGCUACGCUGCUUCAUCUUUGGCCAUGCUGCAGGAGGUUCUUCCGGGUUCGAGCAUCGAUGAACGCAUGGGAGAGAUGUCAGCAUUGUACAUCGAGUACUGCAAAGAUCCUUGCUUUUGCUGUGUCAGUUUUCUUACUUUACAUGUGCUGCUCAGUGGCCAAGAUCUUUAA